AUGGGCAUUAAAGGACUUCACGGGCUUCUCAAGUCCAUACAGAAACCAUGUCAUGUCAAGUCUUUUAGUGGGCAAACACUUGGAGUCGAUGCAUAUGGAUGGCUUCAUCGCGGAACCAUUGCUUGUUCCGUAGACUUGGUCUUGGACAAUCCUACUAGGAAGCACAUUGAUUUCGUCCUCAAUCGAGUCCGCAUGCUUCUAUUUUUUGGAGUAAAACCGUACCUCGUCUUUGAUGGCGAUAAUUUGCCCAGCAAGUCCGGCACCGAACAGGAUCGAUAUCGCAGGCGGCAGGAAAGCAAGGCUCUCGGACUAGAGCUACAACGAAAGGGAAGGAUGCCAGAAGCUUAUCAGGAGUUCCAAAAGGCUGUCGACGUUACCCCGUUCAUGGCCCGCCAGUUAAUUGAAGAACUAAAGCAAAUGAAUGUGGAGUAUGUGGUCGCCCCAUACGAGGCAGAUGCCCAGCUGGUGUACCUGGAGCAACAGGGUGAUAUUGACGGUAUCAUAUCCGAGGACUCGGAUUUGCUUGUUUUUGGAGCAAAGCGGUUGAUUUCAAAACUGGACCAACAUGGAGAAUGCAUUGAGAUAAAUCGUGCCGACUUUACUGCUUGCCGGGAGGUCAGCCUGGUCGGGUUCAGUGACCCGGAUUUCAGGACCAUGUGCAUUUUGAGCGGUUGUGAUUAUUUGGCAAAUAUUCCCAAGAUGGGCCUGAAGACUGCCUACCGGGUUGUUCGCAAACACAGGAGUAUCGAAAAGGCUUUGCGCAUGAUACAAUUCGAAGGCAAUUUUCGAGUCCCGGCUGACUACCUGGCCAACUUCAGACAGGCCGAGUUGACUUUCCUUUACCAGCGGGUCUUCUGCCGUAAAGCUGAAAAGCUGGUGACAUUGAUGCCACCUGAGAAGGAUGUCAAGUUGGACACGCUGCCAUUUAUUGGCGCUGAUAUGGAGCCAGAAAUUGCCAUCGGGGUCUCUCGUGGCGAUCUGGAUCCAACCACGAAGCAGCCAAUCAUAUUGAAACCACUAGCCACAGGUAAACGGUCCCUUGGCAUUAAUCGCCGACAGACACUGGGUUCUUCCUGCGAGCUGAAGCCACGAAGGCCUAUCAAUUCAUUCUUCACCCCAAAGAGGACACCACUGGCCGAGCUGGACCCGAAUAGUUUGACUCCGUCCCCGAGCCAGCAGCGACUGCUAGAGCGCAAUUCAAACAACUCUUGGCAGGCCAGUGCAGCACCAUCCCGCUCCAAUUCGGUCAGAUCCACCCCUCUAAGGGCCUUCUCCGAUCAAAGUCUCAGCCCCAUGAUACGGAGUGUAGAACGCUCUUCUUUUUUGGCCCAAAAUGCAAGAUCCUCAACCUUGCAGCCCACCAAGAGGCAGAGACUCUGCUCUGAAACUGACGGAGACUCUUUGCCUGCCUGUUCUCCGGCUCGCAGUCGUUUCUUUGCUCCUACUUCUGAACAAACUAGCCCAAGCGGUCAGAAGCUCUUCCGGUCUAAACGAUCACGGAACUCAGUGGUCGGUGUCUUCUCUGAUGACAUAGCAGAAGACAUCAUGUCCAGUAUUCCGGAUCCCAGUAGUACCCCCGGGCUUGUGGAACAUAGACCGGAAAGCAAUCUCAAGAUAUCUGGCAACCCCAGUGGAGUUGAAACGCCUUCCAAACCUACUUUCAACAAGCCUCUCCUUACUAGCGAUUUGAAAGAGUCCAAGAACACACCCAUUGAUACCACACCAAAUUCUCCGAACUUCAACCAGGCGCUCGAUUUCCACGUUGACCGACAAAAUUCCAAUAUACUUUCCAAAUUCACUUUUCAAGCUGGGCAAAAGCCCAGCUCACCCGGCGCUCGCUCUAUUAUGACGAAGAUCCCUGCGAUUCUCCCUUCUCCUAGGCCUGCGACACCCUCGACCCCCAAAAGCCCAGCUGCGAUCGCUCGGAGCAACAUCAUUCAGCGACGCCUGACACCGCUUCAGCGGAUGGGCCAGGCCGCUCUCAGUCGGUCUAACAGCGUCAAUAUUCCAACUAAACUCCGGGAUGCCGAAGCUUCCAAGCCGCGCUCUGAAGCCUUUUCACCUGUUACCAAGGGAUUCUCGUUCACGGGAACCCAAGGCAGCGAAGAUCUUAUUGUCCCAGACAGCGAGGAUGAGGAGGAUGAUGAGGAUGAACCCAGUACAGGGUCCUCGGCGCCUCUUGAUCUCAAGCGCUUUUCAUUCACGCCAAAUUAA